CCCAAACUAAACUUCACUCACACUGGACUAGUUACUUUUAACAUUAGGGGCAACUUUUACUGUGAGUUUAUAGGCGCAACUAGGACACAAAAGAGUUUUAGUCCGGAUUUGCAGAGUUUAGUUCAUCUUAAAAUAGAGUUUUUUUUUAAUACCGUGACUUAUUUAUUGUAUUUUAUUUUAUUUACGCGUGGGGUUGUAUUCGACUCACUGCGGGUACUUUUGUAUAGAAACACACAUCUUUUAUAUUAAAUAAAGAGAAAUAGAGAGAAUAAUGUCUGCAGCAGUGGGUGUGAUGUCUCUGGAUGCGGUGAAGAGGAAAAUCCAGGCUCUGCACGCGCAGGCGGACGGUGCGGAGGAGCGCGCGCUCACUUUACAGAGAGAGCUCGAGCUGGAGCGUCAACAGCGAGAACAUGCUGAAGCAGAAGUGGCAGCUCUGAACCGCAGGAUCCAGCUGGUGGAGGAGGAGCUGGACCGGGCACAGGAGAGACUGGGCACUGCCCUCCAGAAACUGGAGGAGGCUGAAAAAGCAGCAGAUGAGAGUGAGAGAGGUAUGAAGGUGAUCGAGAACCGUGCCAUGAAAGACGAGGAGAAGAUGGAAAUUCAGGAGAUGCAGCUGAAGGAGGCCAAGCACAUUGCAGAGGAGGCCGAUAGAAAAUACGAGGAGGUGGCUCGUAAACUGGUGAUACUGGAGGGUGAACUGGAACGAGCAGAGGAGAGAGCUGAGAUGUCUGAAUGCAAGGUCAUCGAUCUCGAGGAGGAGCUGAAAAAUGUAACCAACAACCUCAAGUCCCUCGAAGCUCAAGCAGAGAAAUACUCAGAAAAAGAAGACAAGUAUGAGGAGGAGAUCAAGGUUCUUAGUGACAAACUGAAGGAGGCAGAGACUCGUGCUGAAUUUGCAGAAAGAUCAGUGACCAAACUGGAAAAAACCAUUGACGACCUGGAAGAAAAAUUAGCAAGCGCUAAAGAGGAAAACCUGGGCAUGCACCAAGUUCUGGAUCAGACGCUCCAGGAGCUGAACAGCAUAUGAAAAUCAUGAAGAGGAGUUUCACCUCAUGACAAUCCACAAACACCAGCUUCAUUCCUCCUAUUUUCAAACCUCUUAGAAUUAUUUAAUUAUUUCAUCAUCGGUUUUCAUCGACACUGUUAUUCUCUCAUAUUUCAAAACAUUUAAUAGUCAGUGAUGGUUGGCUGCCAAAGUGCCCGCCACUUUUAUAAAAUAGCAUUUAAAUCAUUUGUUUACAUUUUAUUUGAUGCAUUUUAUGCAAAACGUAGAAGGAAAAUGUUUUGCCUCCAUGUGAAUUACAGUUUUGGAUCAUUCCUGGCAUCUGCUGGUCAUUUAAUAAGGGUUUAAUUCUCCUUCCAGAGGUUUUUUUUUUAGUUUAAAAAAAAAAGGGUUAGGUUAAGAUAUUUUAACCUGAGCUGCUAAUAAUUCAUAAAAUCAUGAAUUAUAUAUAUAUUAAAAAAAAAAACAUUUUAACCCUUUCAGAUCUUGCAUCUAUUGAAAUGAUAUUGCUAUUAAUUCAAAUAUAUAAAUUAAGAGGAGGGCCAAUGAUUAGUUUAAACACUACUGAGUAACCAAUCAGAGCUUUGCUUUGCUCUUCUGUUUGUGAUUCACAGAAUUCAUUUAAAAAUAGCCAUGGGACUGCAGAAUGGCUCAUCUUCAGUGUCAUGGGUUUGAUCUGUGCCUUCGAUUACUGUCUGUGAUGAGUUUGCUCUCCAUGUGUCAAUGUGUGGUUUCCUACCACAUUCCAAAAAUAUGCCAGUAGGAGGACUGCCAGAUUGGCUACUCUUAAAUGCCUUCAGGUGUCCUGAGAAGAACUGGCAACCUGUUUCCACGUAGGCUUUGGACCUACAGUGACCCUAAUCAGGAUGUUGCGGUUGCUGAGGAUGAAUGAAUAAUGUGUGAAUUCACUUAUUUUAUACAACAAAUAAGUUAGUGUCAAGUGGUCUGAAGGGGUUAAAAUGUUAAUAAAUACACAUUUAUAAAACAAAUAUGCAUAUAAAACCAAAAAUAUUCCAAAAAAUAUAGAAUUCAUGUAGAAUGUUUAAGUAUGUGUGAUUAAUUAAGUCUUAUGAGGAUGUAGGAUUCAGGUGAGCUGAAUACAUUCCACUUUUAAUAUGGACCAAAUUUGCAUUUCAAUUAUUUUUAAUUUGUAUCUUCUAUUGUGACAGUUUCUUUUUCACUUUGCAUGUAAUAAAUUUGUAUAAAAACGUA